AUGGAGUUCUUCUUCCCCGCCGACGUCUUUACCGCUUACCCUCGACAGGGUCCUUCGGCCCGCACCACCUCAUUUGGUGCAGGGCCCUCCACCAACCCCUUCAACGGAUGUGGUUUCGACAGCCACCCUCUCUUUGCUGACGCCUUCGUCGAUGCAAUACAACACCAACGCGCUGCUCGCGCUCGUGUCGAGGCUCAACGCGCCGCCCGCGCAGAAGCCGCUCGCCGAGCCAGAGCUGCCGCUGCCGCUGCCGCCGCUCGCCGCGAAGCUGAAGAGCGCCAGGCACAGGCCUACCUGCAGCACAUUCUCGAAGUGCAGCAGCGUGAGGCUCAGCGCAGACUCCAUCUCGAACAGCUCCACCGCCAGCGACAGGAAGCACAGCGCCGACAGCAGUACGCAGAAUAUCAGCGCCGCAAGGCCUACGCUAUCGAGAAGGAACGCCAGCGCAUCGCUGCGGCCAGAGUCGCAGAGGAUCAGUCCAAGCAACUCUUGCUCGCUCUCGAGGAUCUGAUCUUUGGUGGUCUCAACUCGUUCUACCGUGCCUGCCAGCAGGAUGACGGCGACAAUGACGAUGACAAUGUCGAACUCGCACACAAGAACGACACUGAGCAGCAGGCUGUUGCUCCAAUGUCUACUACUCAGGCUCCCGCUGCCGAUGUCAAGGGCAAGGGCAAGGCUCAGGAAAGCGAUGACAACAAGCCAGACAUGGAACUUGACGAUGACGAGCACACACCUGACACAACCACCACAGCUGCUGCACCCAUCAUGACCGAUGAGGAUCCCGAAGAGGUUGGUCCUGUCCCCACUUCUCCCACUACCGAGGCUACUUCUGCGCCAGCUCCCGUCCCUGCAUCCAAGACAGAACAGGUCGUCUUCUCGCAUGCUUUCCCCAGCGACGCCAAUUUCAACAAGUCAACUAUUCGCGCUGAUCAAAUCAACGUCUCAGUCGACGAAGCUCAGCGCAAGGUGACGGUCUCUGGUCUCUGGAACGACCAGUCCGCCUCCUCUUCAGCCGACGCUUCUCCUGCACGUGCCGCCAGCCCUACCCCCAGCGACACUUCUUCUCGCCGUGGCCGUUCGCGCUCACCCAAGCGAGCCCGGGUUUCAGAUGUGGACGAGAACGGCGAUGAGAUUGUAGCCCCUGACACCGACGCAAACGAAGACGACUUUGUCGAGGUCAGCUUCACUCGAGCUCCUCCAGCCCAGGAAAAGAUCCAGAAGAGUUUCGACCUUCCCGCUGGUGCCAACGUCGAAGAUCUCCGCGCUGAGCUCACCGACGAGGGUCUCAAGCUCUUCACCACUGUCUCGGCCUGA